AGGAAUAUGUAUGUUGACUAUUUAACCAAACUUGAACCAAAAUCUACAAUUGUUCUUAAUCCUUUAACACUUGUUCUUGAUCCUCCGCUUAUCUUUAUUUACAGCGACAUGAAGGUUGCUUCUCAUGCGACCAAUAGUUUUUUUUUGUUUCUUAAUUUUUUUCUCAUUUUUUAAAAAAAAAUUACUAAUUGAAUAUUGUAGAAUUUUUAUGCUGCCUGGUUUGAAAUUUUUUUAAUUAUUUAAUUGAAAAGUAAAAGAUUUAUAGAUUAAAUAAACGAUUUAGUUGAAUACUCCAAAACGUUGUCGUUCCCCCACUGUUAUGCUUCUUCUACAUCGGUCUUCUUCUUCCAUCGUCAUCGUGCUAGGGUUCGCAGCUUGCCAGUUUCUUCUUCCGUCUCUUCAUUCGUUCAUGUAACUCGCGCAAUCAACUUAAUCACGUGACAACUCACGAAAUCCUUCACGUGCCUUCAACUAAUUGGGGAAAUAUUGUUCGAGCUUUUGAGAUUGCAACACUUGAAAGAUGCAGAAAUUGGGAGAGUUCAAACUACCUAAUUUCUUCAAUUACCCACCUUACUUCACUUUGCAGCCAGUAAGGGACACUAGAGAGAAGCAAAUACAGUUAUGGAAAGAGCUUAUUAUAGAUUACUGUAAAACACAGAAGAUUUUUGUGAUUGGAAUUGAAGAUGAAUUUCCACUUUUUACAAAUACUGUAAUUGAAAGAUCUCUUACUCAUGAAGCUAGAGAAGCGUUCCUUUCAGCCUUAGUUUCUGAGGGACGAGCUGAAUGGAUGGAUAAAGGACGUAGAAAAUGUCUUAUUUUAUGGCACCGGAUUCAAGAUUGGGCUGACAUUUUACUACAGUUUGCAAAAGAUAAUGGACUGGAAGAUGGUGUUGUGACAAUUGAGGAAAUACGCUUUGGAACUGAAUCUCAAGGAACGGAACUUCAAGGGAUAGACAGAACUAUUUUGAACCGUGCAUUGAAACUAUUAGAACAGAAGGGGAAGCUUGUGGUAUUUAAAGGAACUUCAACAGAUGAUGAAGGAAUUAAGUUUUCUGUAUAAUUGUUUACUUUGUGUUAGUCUGGUGAAUCUUGAUGAAUUUCACAUGACUUCUUUGAAAGGUCUUGUCCUGCCAUCUGACUUGAUGAGUAUGUCACUGGAAAAGAUAUCUAAGAUCAAGUUGGCAUCACUAUCAUCCAGUAUUAUUUUGGAAUCUUGUCUGUGUUAAGAGUUUAGCUUUGUCAUGUAAUCUUGGUUAGGCUAGGGAAACUGCAUUCCUUGUGACCAUGAAAUUCAUAAAUGGGAGUGGGUUCCUAUCUUCCAAUGCCCUAAAAGCAUUUGUUAUUAUAGACAUUGACAUUAUCUAAUUAAUAAUCAAUGUGUUAUGGCUCA